GGAAGUCUCGCGAUAUCAGCGGGCAGUGAAGGAGACGCGCCGCAGUGUUUGAAGCGCAGAGAGAGACCAUGGCCGACAGUAAUCUCGAGUUCGAUAGCGAAAUGAAACAGGAGGAUUCUUACGACGCUUCUCUAAACAUGGAGGAGGACGGAGACGCGCCGCCCGAGAACACAAACGGCGUGAAAGCUGACGACGCUGAGGAUGCCUCCACAGAGAAAUCGGAUGGCAAAGAUAAAGAGAAGUCUGGAGGCGGCCGGAAGUCCGGUCGCUACCACCCGUAUAAGGACCGGCACGGGGGAUCUGAAAACAAGAAGGCCUCUCAAAGAAACCGCGUGUUUAUUAGCAAUAUCCCUUAUGAUAUGAAGUGGCAGGCAAUUAAAGAUCUAAUGCGAGAUAAAGUCGGUGAGGUUACAUACGUGGAGCUCUUUAAGGAUGCUGAAGGAAAGUCAAGGGGAUGUGGGGUGGUUGAAUUCAAAGAUGAGGAGUUUGUGAAGAAAGCUUUGGAGGUCAUGAAUAAACAUGACCUGAACGGCAGACCCCUAAACAUCAAAGAGGACCCUGAUGGAGAGCAUGCACGCAGAGUGCUUCAGCGGUCUGGAGGAAUGUAUUCUGGAGGCAGAGGCCAGGAUUCGGGUCCGAUGGGGAUGAAUGUGCCCCCCUCCAUCGCCAACAACCCUAACAUCCCCCCAGAAAUCAUCAACGCACUGCAGGGUGGACGCCUCGGCUCCACAGUGUUUGUAGCCAAUCUGGAUUUUAAGGUGGGCUGGAAGAAGCUGAAGGAAGUGUUCGGCAUGGCCGGUACUGUGAAGAGGGCAGAUGUGAAGGAGGAUAAGGAUGGGAAAAGCAGAGGAAUGGGCACAGUCACCUUCGAGCAGCCACUGGAGGCUGUGCAGGCCAUCUCCAUGUUUAAUGGUCAGAUGCUAUUUGACAGACAGAUGCAUGUAAAAAUGGAUGAAAAAUCUGUUCCCAUGGAUGAUUUCCGUUCGGUCGAGAAAAGCCCCCAAUUGCCCCGAGGUCUGGGCGGAAUUGGAAUGGGAUUGGGCCCUGGUGGUCAACCAAUCAGCACCAACCGUCUGAGUGGAGGAGGAAUGGGCUCAAUGGGCGGAGGAAUGGAUGGAGGUGGCUAUGGAGGCAUGAACAGAAUGGGAGGAAUGGGUGGUGGAUUUGGAGGAAUGGAUGGAAUGGGUACAAUGGGUGGAUUUGGAGGCAGAGACAUGACACCCAUGGGCAGGAUGGGAGAUAUGUAUCGAGCAGGUAUGGGGGGAAUGGAUCGUGAUUUUGGCCGCAGUGACAUGGGAAUGAAUCGUUUCGGUGAUUCUUUUGGACUGGGAGGUGGAAUGGGAGGCUUUGGAGGAGGAAUGGGGAAUGCUGGAAUGGGGCCCAUGGGGGCAGGAUUAGGAGGCAUGGGAAAUAUGGGCAUGGACCGCAUGAGUGGAGGUUUUGACCGGAUGGGUGGGAACAUGGAUAUGGGCCGAGGAUUCGGGCAGUUCGGCGGCUCUGGUCACAUGGGCGGCGGCAUGUCGGACAAGGGGUUUGGAUCAAAGGGAGGUUGCCAAAUCUUUGUGAGAAAUCUGUCCUAUGACCUCACGUGGCAAAAGCUGAAGGAAAAAUUCGGCCACUGUGGUCAGGUGAUGUUUGCUGAAAUAAAGAUGGAGAACGGAAAGUCUAAAGGCUGCGGGACAGUGCGGUUCGAUUCUCCGGAGAGCGCCGAGAAGGCCUGCAGGCUAAUGAACGGAACCAAGAUAAAUGGAAGGGAAGUGGACGUGCGCCUCGACCGCAAUGCGUAAAUAGAAACAAACACUCUAAACUGAUGUCACAGCACCCCCUCCUCAUCCAGACAUCCCUGGCCUUCCCUUUCCUGACCAUUGUUUUGUUUUAAAAACACUUUUCUAAACUUUUUGGACUGCAUUUCUCUCACUUAUACACAGCACACACAUAUACACACACACACACACGCACACACAGUACACACACGCACAUUAAGAGGAUCAGACUGUAGUAGUGGAUAUUGUGCAUAAUGUUUUGUUUAUAUACUGUGACUGCUUCAUUAUGUUUAUUUUCUUUUUGUAACCCCCUUUUUAAUUUGUGGAUCACCUGUUUAUUUGGAUGAAAAACAACCAAAAUAAACUUUUUAAUUUUUAA